AUGGAAGCUCUGUUCUCGGAGUUCACAUUCCUGUCGGACCAGGCCCUGCGCGACAAGACCUUCGAUCCAUCCACAAUCGAGGAUCUCAUGAAGCUGUUCGAAGUCGAGGCGUACCGGGCUUGGGCCAAUCUCGAGCUCCAGGCGGAGAACGAGGCCCGAAAGGCCGACGACGAGGUGAGGGAGUCCGAGGAGUAUCUGGACUCGGUGAUGGACAGCGCCAUGGCCGAAUUCCGCCGCUUCGAGGAGGAGAUGGACCGAGCUGCCGCGGCCGAGCACGACAGCUUGGCCUUGGGGCACGGCGGGCUAACGGCGAAGGUGAGCCAAUGA